AUGGCUCUCGUCGUCUUUUCGCGGACACAGCGACAUCCAGCAGCCGCGGCGGAGGCUUGCGCACAGUAUGCCAAGUUGCUGCGGCACGCGCAACUGACGCUGUCCAGUCUGGUUGAAACAAAUAUUGAUGCCGCCUUGCUAGCCGUCUUCCUCAUGGCUCGCUAUGAAGACUCGGCGCAGGGUGAGGAGGCAUUCCUGCCCAAUCCUUCCUUCAACAGCUACUUGCAUCAUGAUGGUGCAGCUGCGAUCCUCAAAAUUUGGAGAAGCCGCCAUGCAGGACAGAACCAGCGGGCAACUUCUACUGUCAAAUACUCCCGGCGUGGCAUCAUUCGAUCCGCUCUUCUGCGGUAUCUUGCAGUGCCAGCAUGGCUUGAAGAUGGUCGAGUUUUCGGCGAGGGUGGGCGAGACCUUGAGUACGACGGCAUCCUGGUCCAAAUUGCCAAUCUUCGGAAUCAGCUGAAGGCUCUUCAACAAAAUAGCUCUCAGCUAGACACUAUCAGUCCUGAGCUGUUUCAAAUGGCCCAAAAACUAUGCAAUGAAGCAGAGCGCUUGGACAGCGCAUUGCAAGACUGGGCAAUUCGGAUUCCAAGCUCCUGGUACCCCUACCGCCAUCUCAUACGCACAGGCUCCUCUUUACCUCCCCGGCACUUCUUCUCCACCGAGGUCUACAGUUAUUCCAGCAUGACUUGUGCUGCCCGGUGGCUAAACUACUCGGCUACAAGGACGCUGCUUAAUCGAGCAUGGUUGAAGAUCCUUGAGCUCGUCCAGCCAUGCUCAGAUGACUCUGCCCACAACCACUCAGUGGAGCAGUGUCGCUCACGCAUUCUGGUCGCGGCCAAUGAUGUAUCCUCAAGUAUACCAUUUGUACAUGGAACCUUCAAAGCCACGGACGCCGGUAAACAUCAAACAGUUAUCACACUCAACACAGAUGCCGAGAUCGAACCAUACGUAGCAAGUCUUACUGCGUGGCCUCUCAGUAUUGCCUCAAGUAUCGGGAGCUUGAAUGCAGGGCAGAAGCAGUGGUUCGGGAGCCAGUUGGCAUUGAUUGGGAGGAUUCUCGGAUCAGGAGUCCUGGAGCGCGUUGGCGCUGCCGACCUCCUUGACCUGUGA